AAAAACCACAAACCAAGACAAGCAUUGCCUUAGUUUCCUGAAUACUGUGACUAUGAUUCUGACCGGAAACUAAGGACUUUUUAUAACACUCUAACUGAACACUUACAAAGAUUACAAAUCAUCUGGGGUGUUAUUGGGAAACAUUCAGGAUGAAGAGAAAAGAACUGAGAAUCGUGUUCAUACUGAGUAUCAUUCUGAGAUCUGUAACUGGACAAACCACAAAUGACACAUCUACAACACCAGCACCUACGAACGCUACAGCUACUACACAAGCAAAUGCUACUACUGGUAAUGUAACAGUUUGGACAGCAUCUACAACACCAGCACCUACAAACGCUACAGCUACUACACCAACAAAUACUACUGCUGAUAAUAUAACAGUUUCGACAGCAUCUACACCACCAGCACCUACAAACGCUACAGCUACUACACAAGCAAAUGCUACUACUGGCACUGUAACAGUUUCGACAGAAUCUACAACACCAGCACCUACGAACGCUACAGCUACUACGCAAGCAAAUGCUACUACUGGUAAUGUAACAGUUUCGACAGCAUCUACAACACCAGCACCUACAAACGCUACAGCUACUACACAAGCAAAUGCUACUACUGGUAAUGUAACAGUUUCGACAGCAUCUACAACACCAGCAUCUGUAAACGCUACAGCUACUACACAAGCAAAUGCUACUGCUGGUAAUAUAACAAUUUCGACAGCAUCUACAACACCAGCACCUGUAAACGCUACAGCUACUACACAAGCAAAUGCUACUACUGGUAGUGUAACAGUUUUGACAGCAUCUACAACACCAACACCUACAAACGCUACAGCUAAUACACAAGCAAAUGCUACUGCUAGUAAUGUAACAGUUUUGACAGAAUCUACAACACCAGCACCUACGAACGCUACAGCUACUACACAAGUAAAUGCUACUACUGGUAAUGUAACAGUUUCGACAGCAUCUACAACACCAGCAACUGCAAACGCUACAGUUACUACACAAGCAAAUGCUACUGCCGGUAAUGUAACAGUUUCGACAGCAUCUACAACACCAGCACCUGUAAACGCUACAGCAACUACAGAAGCAAAUGCUACUGCCGGUAAUAUAACAAUUUCGACAGCAUCUACAACACCAGCACCUACAAACGCUACAGCUACUACACAAGCAAAUGCUACUGCCGGUAAUGUAACAGUUUCGACAGCAUCUACAACACCAGCACCUACAAACGCUACAGCUACUACACAAGCAAAUGCUACUGCCAGUAAUUUAACAGUUUCGACAGCAUCUACAACACCAGCACCUCCAAACGCUACAGCUACUACACAAGCAAAUGCUACUGCCAGCAAUAUAACAGUUUUGACAGCAUCUACAACACCAGCAUCUGUAAACGCUACAGCUACUACACAAGCAAAUGCUACUGCCGGUAAUAUAACAAUUUCGACAGCAUCUACAACACCAGCACCUACAAACGCUACAGCUACUACACAAGCAAAUGCUACUGCUGGUAAUGUAACAGUUUCGACAGCAUCUACAACACCAGCACCUACAAACGCUACAGCUACUACACAAGCAAAUGCUACUGCCGGUAAUUUAACAGUUUCGACAGCAUCUACAACACCAGGAACUGUAAACGCUACAGCUACUACACAAGCAAAUGCUACUGCCGGUAAUGUAACAGUUUCAACAGCAUCUACAACACCAGCACCUACAAACGCUACAGCUAAUACACAAGCAAAUGCUACUACUGUUAAUGUAACAGUUUCGACAGAAUCUACAACACCAGCACCUACAAACGCUACAGCUUCUACACAAGCAAAUGCUACUGCUGGUAAUGUAACAGUUUCGACAGCAUCUACAACACCAGCACCUACAUACGCUACAGCUACUACACAAGCAAAUGCUACUGCCGGUAAUGUAACAGUUUCGACAGCAUCUACAACACCAGCACCUACAAACGCUACAGCUACUACACAAGCAAAUGCUACUGCCGGUAAUUUAACAGUUUCGACAGCAUCUACAACACCAGCACCUACAAACGCUACAGCUACUACACAAGCAAAUGCUACUGCCGGUAAUUUAACAGUUUCGACAGCAUCUACAACACCAGCACCUACAAACGCUACAGCUACUACACAAGCAAAUGCUACUGCCGGUAAUAUAACAGUUUUGACAGCAUCUACAACACCAGCAUCUGUAAACGCUACAGCUACUACACAAGCAAAUGCAACUGCCGGUAAUAUAACAAUUUCGACAGCAUCUACAACACCAGCACCUACAAACGCUACAGCUACUACACAAGCAAAUGUUACUGCCGGUAAUGUAACAGUUUCGACAGCAUCUACAACACCAGCACCUACAAACGCUACAGCUACUACACAAGCAAAUGUUACUGCCGGUAAUGUAACAGUUUCGACAGCAUCUACAACACCAGCACCUACAAACGCUACAGCUACUACACAAGCAAAUGUUACUGCCGGUAAUGUAACAGUUUCGACAGCAUCUACAACACCAGCACCUACAAACGCUACAGCUACUACACAAGCAAAUGCUACUGCCGGUAAUUUAACAGUUUCGACAGCAUCUACAACACCAGCACCUACAAACGCUACAGCUACUACACAAGCAAAUGCUACUGCCGGUAAUGUAACAGUUUCGACAGCAUCUACAACACCAGCACCUACAAACGCUACAGCUACUACACAAGCAAAUGCUACUGCCGGUAAUUUAACAGUUUCGACAGCAUCUACAACACCAGCACCUACAAACGCUACAGCUACUACACAAGCAAAUGCUACUGCCGGUAAUAUAACAGUUUUGACAGCAUCUACAACACCAGCAUCUGUAAACGCUACAGCUACUACACAAGCAAAUGCAACUGCCGGUAAUAUAACAAUUUCGACAGCAUCUACAACACCAGCACCUACAAACGCUACAGCUACUACACAAGCAAAUGCUACUGCCGGUAAAGUAACAGUUUCGACAGAAUCUACAACACCAGCACCUACAAACGCUACAGCUACUACACAAGCAAAUGCUACUGCCGGUAAUUUAACAGUUUCGACAGCAUCUACAACACCAGCAUCUGUAAACACUACAGCUACUACACAAGCAAAUGCUACUGCUGGUAAUAUAACAAUUUCGAGAGCAUCUACAACACCAGCAACUGUAAACGCUACAGCUACUACACAAGAAAAUGCUACUGCCGGUAAUAUAACAGUUUCGACAGCAUCUACAACACCAGCACCUACAAACGCUACAGCUACUACACAAGCAAAUGCUACUGCCGGUAAUUUAACAGUUUCGACAGCAUCUACAACACCAGCACCUACAAACGCUACAGCUACUACACAAGCAAAUGCUACUGCCGGUAAUUUAACAGUUUCGACAGCAUCUACAACACCAGCACCUACAAAUGCUACAGCUACUACACAAGCAAAUGCUACUGCCGGUAAUAUAACAAUUUCGAGAGCAUCUACAACACCAGCACCUGUAAACGCUACAGCUACUACACAAGCAAAUGCUACUGCUGGUAAUUUAACAGUUUCGACAGCAUCUACAACACCAGCACCUACAAACACUACAGCUACUACACAAGCAAAUGCUACUGCUGGUAAUUUAACAGUUUCGACAGCAUCUACAACACCAGCACCUACAAACACUACAGCUACUACACAAGCAAAUGCUACUGCUGGUAAUUUAACAGUUUCGACAGCAUCUACAACUCCAGCACCUACAAACGUUACAGCUACUACACAAGCAAUUGCUACUGCUGGUAAUAUAACAGUUUCUACAGCAUCUACAACACCAGCACCUACAAACGCUACAGCUACUACACAAACAAAUGCUACUGCUGGUAAUACAACAGUUUUGACAGCAUCUACAACACCAGCACCUACAAACGCUACAGCUACUACACAAGCAAUUGCUACUGCCGGUAAUAUAACAGUUUCGACAGCAACUACUCCGAUAAAAUCAACAAACUCUACAAAUACUUCAACAGUAACUACUACUUCCAGCUCCCCAAUAACAACAACAGUGGUGACAACAGCAAAAACAACAACAACAACAACAACAACAACAACAACAACAGCAGCUGUAACACUUCGUCCACAGCCAACUGUCGACCUGAGUGUUGGUCUCAAGACUGAGUAUACUACACAAUUAAGUGAUCCAACUACUCCUGAAUUUAAAUCUUUGGCUGCACAGGUGACUCAACUGUUGAAUCAAAUCUAUACAAUUCUCUUUGGCUCUAAGUACCGCGGCUGCAGAGUCAAAGCUUUCAGACCUCAACCUAUACGUGCUGUACAAAAUACCGAUGCAGAUGUUGAGCUGAUAUUCGACGAGAACUCCACAACUCCCAUCCCAUCUGGACAAGCAGCAGCAACUGCUCUGAAGGAGGCUGUAGAUAAUAACAGUACUUUGAGUGCACAAAUUGAUUCCAGCGCAAUCACUGUCCUUAAUCAGCCAAUUGAUGUGAUUGUGCUUUUCGUAACAAAUGGCACUUUUACAGCAGCUCUCUCAAAUACUAGUUCAGAUUCAUUCACAACCAGAACAUUAAUGAUUAAAAAUGGACUUAACCCUUUUUUCACUCAAGACUUCCCAAAUUCAUUCAGUCUCUUAAGCAUGUUAAACUACAGCACAGGAACGUUUAAAGCAGCUAAUGAUUCAAUUCUGAACAGCAUGGACUUGGCUUUUAACAGCUCUGCUGGAAAUCCCAACACCACCCAAAUUGCUGAAACUAUGUUUCGAGCAGCCAAAAGUGGCACCCUUCCUUUUCAGAUCUCCAUCACCAGUAUCACAGUGAAUGGCACGGUAUUUAAUUCGGGUGAUGUCAGCAGCAAGAUCAGUGUGCUCAUGGCGUGCUUCAUGGUGGCUGUGUCGCUUCUGUUAACACGGUCCAGCUGAUGCUAAACCACAUCCUCUUCUCAGAAUGAGAACCCUGACCAAGUUUGACUCUCCUGUUCCCUCAAUGAAUCAUGCGAAUAUACCGAGCUAAUAUUUUAAAUAAUGUGUAUGCGUAAAAAGUACAAUAGGAAGAGCAUUAUAAGAAUCUGCCAACCUGUAUGAAUGUGCAAUGAUAUGGAUUGGACAGAACUUGUAGCUUUAAUUAUUUUGAAUGUAUUGUAACAUAUUCUUUGUAUUUGAUUGUCAAUUACUCAAUCCUGGAGUCGAAUUUACAGUGAUGGAAUUGUAUUUAUCAAAUGGAAACUAUUCUAUGAUAGAUCUAAGUUAACAUUAGUAAGUACUGUAUAUUUGAGAAAUGCACAUGCAAAAACAUUAUCUAUCAAACAUCCUUUAGUGAUGCAUGUGACAUUAAAUGCACGCUUUGGCUUAAAAUACUUUUCAAAGUAUUACAGGUUUCUGCAAAUGAUUAAACAUAAUCCAGACGAUUUCUGAAAUUAUGUUUUAGUCAAAAUUACUUGAGCAUAAAUGAAAUAACACAUAAAUGAACUGUUCUGUAAAACACAGAAUUGUGGUUUGACUGGAUUUAAUACGUGUCUUAACCUGAGUUCUUUCCUAAUAUACAAAGCAAUAAAGGAGAAAAUAUAUUUAUACUGUAA